AUGGCGUCGUGCGGAGCCGAGGCGCAUGGCGCGAUCCUGUUUGACGCUCCCGAAGCGCCCUGUAUGCCGCGCAGCGCACGCGCAGUGCCGGACACGCUGCUUUUGCAUGCACAGAUUGCGCACAGGACAGCCUCGCCGCCGCCGCCGCCGCCGCCCGGCGCCGACGACGAGGCACGACAUGCGCUCGGCGCGCUGGUCGCGGCCUUGCACCGCUGCGAGCCGUAUGCCCAAGCGCGUGUAUACCCCCACUUUGGCGCGCACGGCGGAUUUUCCGCGGUGAUGCAGCUCCUCGCGCUGCUCGAGCACGGCGCGCAUGGCGCGCAAGUGCAUGCAUCCCACGAAAGCCACACGCAGCUGUUGAUGCGCACGCUGACCCUCUUUACCGACGCCAUCACACGCAGCACGGCCAAUCUCGCCGCGUUUUUGCACAUGCCCGGCUGGGCCGCUGUGCUUGAUGCGGUGUGUGCAAUCCGCGCGCGGACGCACACGGCGGCAUGGCUCUUUGGCAUUGCGAUUGGCGACGUCGGUCUCGGCGUGCAUGCAUUCGGUGCCGUGCACGCGGCGGUGUCCGCGCUCGGCGACCCAUCCGCCCUCGAUGCACGCCCCUCCAUUCCCGUUUUGUGGGGCGCGUGCGAUGUCGUGCACCCCCACGCGCUGGAGCGUGCAUACUCCAUCUUGGUGCACGAGGACGCUGCGCUGCUCACCGCGUACGUGCUCGUCGACGAUCUCGUGCGCCGCGACCGCAACGUUGUUGUGCUUGCGCGCACUGCGGUGCCAGCUCUGCUGCUGCAUACCUGGCUUGCAUCCUACGACUCGCUGCACUGCACGCUCGUGCAGGCAUGGCGCGCUGAUCUGCUGCGCACGCUCCUGCGCGACGGCGCACACGCUUCCCACACGCUACGCACUAUGGUCCACGCACUGCUUGCCAGCGCAUCGCUGCACGCCAUGCUCCCUGUCCUAAAACUCCUGGAGCACAUCGCACAGUCUGCACACCGCCCCAGCGCACUCACCUUUUCCAGCACGGACCGGGACGGCGGCGGCGGCGGCGGCGGCGCGCACGCAGCGACGCUGCGCGCCUCGUUUCCGCCCACGCCGCCUCGCGCCACAGGCUAUACGCUCGCGCUGGUGCUGCGCGUGGAGCACACCGCCGGCGACGGUGUGCUGGACGUUGUGCGCAUCGGCCCAACUUGCGUCUCGAUGGACUUGGCCACCUCCACGCUCCUCUUCACGACGUCGGCGCCGCUUGCGCUCCCGAAAGCACGGCUAGUGCGCGGCGCAUGGCACCAGCUUGUCUUUGUGCACAUGCACGCAUGCCCAGGCGCGCUCUCGACGCUCCAUGUGUAUCUAGACGGCCGCCGCGUGCACAGCACACGCGCCGCGUACCCGCACCCCCUCGCCCACGUCCCUGUAUGUCUCGCCAGCUCCGCGCGCAGUCCCGGCGUCAGGAGCGGCACUGGCGCCGCGACGUGGUCGCUCAGCGCCGCGCUGCUCCGCGACGGCGUGCUCCCUUCGUGCAUCCCGCCCCUGCUCUACGCGCUGCUCCCGACGUACACGGGCAACAUGCAAGGCGCGCUCUCGCGCUUCCUCACGUACGCGGACCGCGCGAAACUGCACGACGGCGCGCCCGCCGCGCUGCACACCGCGCUCGAGCGCGGCGGCGCGGAGUGCUUUCCGCGCGAAGGCCUCCUCUUUUCCUUUCAUGCGGCGCACACCGUAUCGCGUUGCGACGGGGCCGCGGUGCUGAACGGCGCCGUGGCGCGCCGCGCCGCGGCGCUGGCGCUUCCCCACGGGCACGCCGUCGUGCAUGGCGUUCCGACGCUAUGUAUUCCGACGAGCGUCUACGACGCGCUCUGGGCGAUGGGCGGCACCGCUGUGCUCCUCCGUCUGGUGCAGCGGGCCGAUAGCACUGCCGCGCUGCGCCGCGCCGUCGCCUUCUUUCUGCGCGCCGUGCACAGCUCUUGGCGGCUCGCACACGACGCAGAGCACUGCGGCGCGUACAACAUUCUCGGCAUGCAUUUGCGCGAGCAGCGUGCGUUGGUAGACCGCGACGUACUUGCCGCGCUCCUCGCCGCCGCCGCCGUGGACGGCGCGAUUGUGAACGUGUCGCUGUACCGCGCAGUGCUGCUCGAUGCGUGCCUGUGGGCACAGACGCGCGCGCGCGUUCAGACCCACUACCUCGCGCACUUUGCGCGCCUCUUUGGCAGCAGCGGCGCGGCGAAUGCACGCUUGCUGCCGCGCGUCGCGCUCGCGAAACGCGUGCUGUACUUUGCGCGCCUCUCGACGCAGCGUGCGGCGCGCCUUGCCGCGCCGCUGUGCGCCGCGCUGCAAGCGAUCCUGCACGCGAGCUGCAGCACGCGCAACGUGCAGAGUGUGUAUCUCUUUGUACUCGUGGCGUCCUCGCCGCAUGUAUCGCUGCGCGAGCGCCUCGGCGUGCGCGCCGCGCGCACCGACGAGGGCGGGUGUGCGUGCGUGCCUGCAGAGUGUGCCAUGCACGCGCUUGCCGCGCCGCCGCGCCACGACGGGCGCGCCGAGGCGCUCGCGACGCCCCUCUUGGCCAUGCUUGCCGCCGAGGCUGCGACGUGUGCGGAAAAGCUGGCGCACAUGCUGCACCCCAAAUGGAUCCUGCUCCUCGUGCGCCCCGGCAUGCCGCGCACUAUCCUUGUGCCGGCCGUCGAGCUGCUCGCUGCGCUCCUUGCGCACGAACGGUUUGCGCACGCGUUUCUCGAGCUCGGCGGGUACCGCGUGCUUGAGCGCACCUUGCCGCUCGUGUGGGACGCACCGGGGAUCGUGGCCGAGCUCUGGGCGCUCCUGCUCGGCGCGCGCGCGCUGAAAUCGUCGCUGUAUGCCACCUAUGCACACCUCCCGCGCGGCCGUCUUGUGCAGCGCCCCCAGGUACUGCGUGCCUUGCUGCUGUGUAUAGCACAAGGCAUGCGCGACGAGACGCAUGCCGCGCUGCGGUGCACGCUGCGGCGCGCGCCGCCCGCGCGCCGCCGCUCGCUCCCUCUUUUGGGCGCACGCGCGGCCUUGGCCGACGCGUCGGCGCGGCAUACGCUCCUGCAUGACUCGGUGCGCCUCUUGGUGCGCCAUGCCGCGCACCCCGAGCUUGCGCGCAUCUUGCUCCUCGCGCCGACGCUCCUGUGCGUCUUCCAUGCGGUGAGCCCUGUGCUGGGCGAGGCGGCGGAGGCGCCGGUGGCGGCGUCUGUGCAUGCGCUUGCGAUGCAGCUGCUGGAUAUGGUCGCGAUGCUUAUGGCCACGUCGGUCCUUGCGAGCGGGACCAUGUCGCUGCUCGCGAGCAUCCACGGGACGAUGCCGUCGCCCGACCCGGUCGUGCAGUCGCGCCUGUGCUCGGCCGUGUACGAGCAUGUGCUGAAGCAUAUGCUGCCGAUGGUGCGCUGCAACACGCAGCCUGCGGCGCUCGCGACACUUGCCGCGUUUGUAGAGGUCGCGUCGAACGAGUCGGUCGCGCACGCGGCGCUUCAGCGCGAGCUGCUUUGUGCGGGCGACGUGCUGCUCGCGGCCUUGCGCACAGACGCAGCGGCGCGCUCCCAAGAAGCACACGCACACGCAGUGCUUGCGCUGCAGCGCAACGUGCUGCACUGUUUUGUAUGUGCUGCACAGGGCCGGCGCGCGGCGCAGCCGUUCCCGUUCCUUGCGCGGUGGCUCCCUGAUCUUGGCCAGGGCGACGCUGUGUUUCUCGAGUGUGUCGCGAACCGCGCCGCGGAUGCGCUGGGCGGCGCGCAGCACAGUGCCGCUGCCGCGGUACUCCAGUACCUUGCGCUACACACGCCGCUCUUGCGGGGCACGCACAUGGAGCAUCUUGCUGUUGCGCGUGCCGUGCCGCAAGAGCAUGCGUGCGCUGCGCUGCCAUUUUCCGCGACGUGGGCCGCGACGCUGCGUGAGCAGCGUGUGUUUCUGCGGGGCCUGCAUGUGCAGCGCCUGCGCGAAAUGCAGCGCUCGAUCGGGCAGUGCAGUGCGCGCGCAAAAGGCAUUCUUGCGACGCACGCCAGGAUGCAAGUGUGGCGCGCGGCGAUCCUCGACGCGGACCAUCUCCACUUUGCGCGCUAUGCGCAGGAUUUGCGCGAAGACACGGCGUGCCUUGCCAAGCAAUGGCACGGCGCGCUCGAGACGCUUGCGCUGCAGGACGGCGCGCCGUGCGACUACCAUCUUGAUCCUACGCACGGCCCUGGGCGUAUGCGCACCAAGCUGGUGCCUGCGCUGGAAAGAGCGCCGCGCGCGAGUGUGCCUGUGCUGGAAAGAGCGCUUGCCGAGCUGGACACGGCGCAGGAUGCGGCCGCGGAUGCUGUGGUGCUUGGCACGCCGCCAUGGGACGAUAUGGAUGCGCUGGAGGCACCGCUCUAUCCGAAACCAUGCCAUCCGAAACCAUUUCAUCCGAAACCAUGCCAUCCGAAACCAUCCCUCCCGAAACCAUUACUCCCGAAACCAUCACUCCCGAAACCAUCACUCCCGAAACCAUCCCUCCCGAAACCAUACCCUCCCGAAACCAUCCCUCCCGAAACCAUCCCUCCCGAAACCAUCCCUCCCGAAACCAUCCCUCCCGAAACCAUCCCUCCCGAAACCAUCCCUCCCGAAACCAUCACUCCCGAAACCAUCCCAUCCAAGACCAUCCCGUCCGAGCACCCCACACCCCACCCCAGCCUCGACGUGCUGCCCGACGCGGCACACGACAAUGUCCGCUUCUUGCUCCGCACAUUGCAGCCCGACGACGCAAUGGAGGAUGUACUGAAUGUAUCGCGCGUGCUCGGCAUCGAUACACGCGGCGGUCUCUUCCUCGUCGCGACGCACCGCCUCUACAUACUCGACGACUACUUCCAGCGGCCGAGCGGCGAGAUUGUGCAGACACUCGACGCGCCGCCGUCGGAGCUGGACAUGUAUGUCGCGGCCACACGCACCGCGCGCGCGCCGCGCCAUGCGCACGCCGACGUGCGGACGUGGCGCUGGGAUGCACUGCGCGCGAGCUUUGUCCGUGCGUGGCUCCACCGGCGCACCGCGCUCGAGCUCUUCUUUGCCGACGGGCAGACGUGCCUCUUGGUCCUCGCGAGUCCUGCGCUGCUUGCGCGCGCCGUCGCGCAUGUACAGCGCAAAGCGCCUGCGGCGGCGCGCGCCGCGACGCAUGCCGCCGAGAGCGUGCGCGUUUCUCGCCCCGUGCCGCACGCCCUUGCGCCCGCGCGCAUUACCGGCGCGGUGCUGCGGCGCGAUGUGCUGGGGUGGAAGACGCGCGCGUGGGAGCAAGGCGCAUUGUCGAAUGCGGGCUACUUGAUGCUGCUCAAUACGCUGUCUGGGCGCACGUUCAACGACCUCACGCAGUACCCCGUGUUUCCGUGGGUGCUUGCGGACUAUACCAGCAGCGCGCUGUGCCUCGACGACGCGACAACCUUUCGCCGGCUCGAUUCUCCGAUGGGCGCACAGAGCGCCCCGCGCGCCGCCGAGUUCAAGGAGCGCUACGGCCAGCUGCGCGGCGUGGCGAUGGAGCCCUUUCACUACGGCACGCAUUACUCGACUGCCGCGAGCGUCUGCGACUUUUUGGUGCGUGUGCGGCCGUUUGCCGAGCACCUUGUCGAGCUGCAGGGCGGCUCGUUUGACCUUGCAGACCGCAUGUUCAGCUCGGUCGGCCGCGCAUGGCUCUCCGCGUCGGAGCAUGCGCGCAGCGACGUGCGCGAGCUAAUCCCCGACUUUUUCUGCCUCCCCGAGAUGUUCCUCAACACGAACGGCUUCGCGUUUGGGCGCACGCAGGCGGGCGCGCGCAUCGACCACGUCGCGCUUCCCCCGUGGGCGCACGCGGACCCCUGGCUCUUUGUCCAGCUGCACCGCGAAGCGCUCGAGUCUGCAUACGUCAGCACGCACCUGCACGCGUGGAUCGAUCUCAUCUUUGGCGUCCGUGCGCGCGGCGCGGCGGCGGUGGAGGCGGUGAAUGUGUUCCAUCCCCUCUCGUACGCGGACAGUGUCGACCUCGAGCAGAUACGCUCGCCCAUGGAGCGCGCGGCGGCCGCGCAAGUGAUCUACAACUUUGGGCAGACGCCCGCGCCGCUCUUUACGCAGCCGCAUCCUGCAAGGGCGCCGCGCGCGGCGCCCGCGCUCGGCGGCCAUGACGCCGACGUGGCCGACGUGCCGUGGAUGCUGAUGCAGAACUGCGUGCCGCGCAGCACGGCGCGCGGCGCUGUGCGUGCCGUGCAUGGCGUGCUGCCCGCCGUGCAUGGCGCACUGGCCGAGCAGGCCGUGCUCCCUGACGAGUGCCUCCUGCUUUCGUUUGGGUACGUGGACAACUCGGUGCGGUUUGCCGUGCUGGGCACGUGUGAGGAGGUGGCGGUCGCCGAACUGCCUGUGCCUGCGGCGCUCACCGCGAUGCACCUGGUCGGGUCUGCGUACGUCGUGCUGGGCGCCGCCGACGGCGUCGUGCAGCUCUGCGCUUUGCACGCGCGCGAGCGCCAAAUAGAGCCGCUCGCGGUGUGGCACCGGCACCGCGGCGCGAUCUUGUGCAUACAAGCGUCGCUCUCGUACAACAUGGUGGUGACGGGCAGUGCAGACGGGACGGUGAGUGUGUGGGAUUUGACGCGGCGUGCGUAUGUGCGCACGCUGUGUGCGCACCGCGCGCCGGUCGAGCAUGUAGCCAUGGACGAUGAGCGCGGCUGGAUCGCGACAGGCGCGGACGAGGAAGUUUGUGUGUGGUCGAUCAACGGGCACUUGCUUGUGCGCCACAACACACGCAGCACGACCAAGCAUGCGCUGGGCUCCUUGGCGUUCUGUGCGCGCGAGGUGCUGUUUGGGCGACUCGCGGUCCUGAUUACCGGGCACCCCGGGUUUCUUGUGGUCUGGGACGUGGUCUCGCACCACGAGCACACGCGCGUGGAUGCGCCGCGGUGGCGCCUGGAAAAGCGCGUGGAGCUGCCUACGCGGGCGUACGACGCGGCGCGCAUGGGCGCCAUGAUUACCUGUAUCCAUCCCAGUACGCGCCAGACGGUGUGUACGGGCGACGCGAGCGGCGAUGUCUUUUUGUGGUCGCUGCCCGGCGCGGCGAUUGCUGCCGACGACGCGGCGUGCGUUGCGUGCCGGACGCCGGCGUGUGCGAAAAGGUUUAGCCUGUUUGAGCAGCGGCGCGUUUGUGCGAGCUGCGGCGGUGUGUAUUGCGGCGCGUGUGUGCCUUUUGUGGCGCAGCUGCACUCGCGCAACUGCAAAGCGUGUAUGGCGACGUAUGAAGCAAGGGGCGUUGUGCUGUAG